GUCACUUCCGGUAUGUAAACGACUGACGAAGCGGAAGAAAUUGGCGUUUCCUCAUAUCAUCUGAAGACAAUUCCGACACUCCAUAUCCAGUGUUUAUCGAGACGGCGCAAUCAACAAUUCUUGGUUCAAAGCAACUUAUGAGGAGCCACAACGUUAAAUGUUCGUGACAAUGUUGCGAGCAAUACUUGUUGUUGUUGCCGUCGUUUUUGCGGCAGCUGUCAGCGGAGAAAGGUGUGGGUCCUUCAGCUGCCCGCGCUCGUCCGAUGACUCCGAUGAGAAGUACUGCUGUGGCUCCAGUCAGUGCUGUAACGACUGUGGGAGGUCCACCGUGUCGUCUUGUCCGUCCAGCGGCUGGUCGGGAUGGAGCUUCAGCAGCUGGUGGAUUUUUGGACUCCUCGGCAUGGUCAUCGCAGCGCUCUCAAUUGCGUGCCGCUGCUACUUCCUGAAAAAGUACAGGCAGAGGAACCAGCAGCAGGCUGUCCAGAUGGCUCCUGUCGCCCAGCCCAUGCAGAACCCCCCGGGCCAAUAUCCUCAGUACCCACCAGCACAGCCUCCUCCCUACCCACAGUACCCACCUGGAGACCCACCACCAUACCCUGCACAGAACCCAGCCUACCCACAAAACCCAGCCUACCCGCAAAACACAGCCUACCCACAGAAUCCGCCCUACCCACAAGACUCAAGCUUCUCACAAAACCCUCCCUACCCACAAAACCCAGCCUUGCCACAAAACCCGGCCUACCCGGACCCUGUUUAUCCACCCAAGGUUUAGCUGCGUACUGCCAGUCGCCGUGUGUAUAUAGUAGAUCAUACAGAGAGAGAUGUACAUUUUCUAGACACGCACUAGGUGCCCGUCUCAAGCCUCAAAGUCCCACCUAGUACCUUUGUAUUCACAUUUCGUAUGCAAUUAGACAAACUUCUUUAACAAAAUCGGUACAUUUGUAUACAGUACGUAUGCACAAACAAGCGAGAAACUGUGCGGACCUGAAUGUAUCUGAAUAUAUAUAUAUAUAUAUAUAAAAACAUAUGUAUUAUUCACAUAGAAAACUUUACAUUACUUGGUUUUGAAAAUAUUUUUUUGUAGUUUGUAGUAAACCAUGCGAAAGUAUCUGUUCAUUUUGUUGUAUCAACAAAACUUCUACCAAACUAAAUCAUGAAUAUUCACGUAUGCUUUGAUCUGUGUAUAGCACAAGACGACCUGUGCUUCUUUUGACACAGCUAGAAUAAAAGGCAUGCAUUGAUUAUCUAGCUCAAUCAAUGCAAUAUUACAUUGUAUGUCAGUAUGUCGGGCAUCUGGGGUUAUAAAUGAUUAAGCUGGAAUAAUUGGAAUAUACAAUCGGUCGGCUGGAAGUAGAUGAUUCGAGCUGUACUUGUGAAAGAGUGGGGUUUUUCGUCUUCCGUUAUGCUACUGUCACCAUUGGAAAAAGCGUUCCCGCCGUGCAGUUAACGGCCUUUCAUUUGACCUCGUGGGGCACCCUGCCGCUACCGGGCUAUUUUGUGGCACGGUCGGGCCCGGACUUUUGAAACUAAUCGUGAAAACGCCAAGGGAUACGCCCAGUUUCCGGCAGUCCAAUGGGACAAAUUUGUGGCUUCAGAGCCCGGCCGGGGCUACACCCUCUACAGGCACCGGUGCAAAUGUAACCGUACCAUUACUCAAGUCGAGUUUAACAUCUGAGACUAGAGUACCCACAUAUGAAUGCCCGACAUUGUCGUUGAUUUCUUAUUCAUUGUAUUUAUCCUGGUAUUUACAAUUAGCCUUCGGGCAACAAUUUUUGAUAAACUUAUCAAUUAUAUGUAUACAUGCAACAACAA